AUGCGCACCCUUCGACACCCUAUGGAUCAACUACUGAAGACUGGUGUAAAAUUCGAGUGGUCACCAGCUUGCCAAAGAUCGUUCGACCGCUUCCGAGAAAUCCUCCAGUCCCCACUUCUGUUGACGCACUAUAAUCCAAACUUGGAAAUAGUUGUGUCGGCGGACGCUUCCUCAAUCGGGCUGAAAGCUAUUUGCCAUGCUUCGCGCAGCUUGACAGCAGCGGAGAGCAAUUAUAGCCAAAUCGAGAAGAAGGGUUUGGCUCUGAUAUUCGCCGUGACCAAAUUUCACCGAAUGAUUUUCGGGCGGCGUUUCGUGCUCGAGACCGGCCACAAACCUUUGCUUGCCAUAUUUGGGUCGAAAAAGGGCAUCCCCACAUAUACCGCCAAUCGACUGCAGAGGUGGACGUUGACAUUACUUUUAUAUGAUUUUGACAUCCAUUAUGUCUCGACGGAAGCUUUCGGACAAGCAGAUAUCCUGCCUCGCCUGAUCAAUCGCCAUGUUCGUCCGGAAGAGGAAUUCAUCAUUGCCAACGUCGAGUUCGAAAGUAGUAUCCGAAGCAUCAUGAACCAGUCGCUGGAGGCCCUGCCAGUUUCGUUCAAGAUCGUACAAGCCAAGACCCGUAAGGACAAAACUCUGCAACAGGUAGCCCAGUACGUCAAAACAAUGUGGCCGGAGAAUAAAGCUAGCAUCACGAAUCCACACAUCCAGCAGUUUUUCCAUCGUCGCGAGGCCCUCUCAAUCACCGCUGGCUGCUUGAUGUACGGUGAACGAUUAGUGCUACCAGUCGUUCUUCGAAAUAAAGUGCUUGCACAGCUACAUAAAGGCCAUCCAGGUAUCGACCGAAUGCGUUCUCUUGCGCGUCAGUACGUCUACUGGCCCAAUAUCGAUAAGGAUAUCGAACACCUGGUGCAAACGUGCAAUGAGUGUUUGAGUGUAGCGAAGACGGAUCAUAAAACCUGCCUCGAGUCGUGGCCAGCCCUGGAAAAACCCUCGCAACGAAUUCAUCUCGAUUACGCCGGUCCUAUGGAUGGGUGGUACUACUUCAUCCUAGUGGACGCCUACACCAAGUGGCCGGAAGUGGUCCAAACAAAAGAUAUUACAUCUGCAGCGACGCUCCGAAUCCUACGCAACAUUUUUGCCAGAUUCGGGUUUCCAGAGACGGUGGUGAGUGACAACGGGACUCAAUUUACGAGCGAAGUAUUCGAGGCUUACUGUGAGUCCAACGCUAUUCUGCACCUGAAGACUGCUCCCUAUCAUCCGCAGUCGAACGGGCUCGCUGAAAGGUUUGUCGACACCUUUAAGAGGACGUUGAAGAAAAUUACCGCCGGAGGGGAAACGCUGCAAGAAGCUAUCAGCACUUUCUUACAGUGUUACAGGUCAACACCAUGUCGGAGCGCACCCGAAGGAAAGUCGCCUGCCGAUAUUUUGCUCGGCAGACCAAUUCGCACGUCGUUAGAACUGCUUCGACCACCAACUCCAACGCACAAAAUUGAAAACUCCAAGCAAGAAGAGCAGUUCAACCGGAAGCAUGGUGCGAUACCAAAGAGCUACUCUCAUCAGGACCUUGUCUGGGCCAAAGUGUUCCGAAACAACAAGUGGCACUGGGAAGCAGGAGAAGUGCUUGAACGUAUCGGCAAGGUCAUGCACAACGUCUGGUUGCCUGGAAAGAAAUCUCUGAUAAGGUCCCACAGCAAUCAGUUAAGAACCCGUCAUCUGUCCGACAAUCAACUGCCUGCGUUCGAAUCACCAAGGGAUCAGCAAACUCCGUUGAGUAUACUGCUGGGCUCCUGGAACCUAAAUGCUUUAACGCCCGAACUGGAUGAUCUGCCUCCUCUUCCUCCUGAGCUGAAUGAAGAUCUGCCCCCGCAGGUCAGUCAUCGUCAACAACACAGUUCCUCUCAACAACAGCAACAACAACCAACAGCAGCUCGCACGUCUUCGAGGACUCGAAGGCUUCCUGCAAGAUAUGAGCCUUACCAUAUGUUUUAA